UGACAAUGAUGAUGACAAUGAUGACAAUGAUGAUGACAAUGAUGAUGAUGAUCCUGUCUCGGACCUCCUCUCCUCCGCUCUUGGUGCCUGGACCCCGUCUGAUAAUGGCUUCUCGCUCAUCCGCUUGUCAUGGACACCGUCUAUGCCUCGCUCUGGCGGCUCUCAUCUCGGACCUGGUGGGGAUGGUGGAGACGGUGAGGGCGAGGAUCGUGAUCGAUUGCGGUUGAUUGCAGGGAGGGACGUGGUCCUGGGCUCGGAUAGCUCGGCGGCUGUGGCCGGUGCAAUGCCCCUGGACGGCAUCGCGGACGGCGUGGCGACGACGGCUCCCACGUCUGCCGGGACUGCAGACGUGAGAUGGCUGGCCUCCCUCCACGGACCGUCGCUUGUGAGCCUGGUUGUGGCGCUGCUGACCGAGGCCUCAGUUGUCGUGUGCUCGGCGUCGCCUGUCGUUGCUUCGCGGACGCCCGCGCUGUUGCGGACGCUGCUAGCACCGUUUGUCUGGCCGCACGCCUUUGCGUCGCUUGUUCCGCGCCGCGCCCUGCUGCAGCUCGCCGAUGGCUCUGCGCCGUUUCUGCUUGGCCUGCAUGCAUCCAAUGAGGAGGCUGCCGCGCUUGGCGCAACGAUGGCGCGCACGCCGGGCGUCCUUGUCUACGACGCUGACCUUGAUCUCGUGUACGGUGCCUGUCCGCACCCGCGCUUUCCGCAGACGGUCCUGCUGGUGAUGGAGGAUGCAGCGGCUACCACACUCCGCAGCCUGCGCUUUGCCGAGCUCGCCGACAGGCAGCCGACCGAGGCCGUCGCUGCUUCCGCUCUUGCCGCGGCUCUCGCCCCGCAUCUGGCCUGGACCGUCGACGGCAUCAAUGACUUUCUUGGCGGCGAUGCGGGCUCGUCGACGGCCAGUCCAGAUCCGUAUGCGCGAGUCUUUGACGUUGGCGGCUGGGUGGCGGCGCGUUGUGGCACGGCCAACGAUGCCCAGUGCAGCGCCAAAGCGGCGUUUCUGGCGGUCCUUGCUGAGACCGAGGCCUUCCGUGCACACGUGGUCGACGUGGCGGCACGGGCCAGGCUGCUGGCGAGCCUUCCGCCGGCGCGCACGCUCUAUGUCCUCAACACCAUUCCCAAGGAGUCUCUGGCUGGAGCAUCCGAGGACUCGGGAUGGGUCGACUUUGGCGCACCAGAUCUCGGAACGCUCUCGGAGAUGCUGCUGGCCCGGAUCGCGGCGUUGGUUGAGCCGGCCGGCGGCGUCGAGGUGAGCGCGGAAAAGGCGGCAGAGAUCCGAGUCCUCCCGACGUACCGCUCGUUUGUACUGGCGACGCUCAAGCUGCGGUCUGUGGCGCUACACGCUGCGUCGCGGCUCGAGAUCAUGGUCCUUGCGCUCAAUUUGUUCAACACGCUCGCACUCCACGCCGCGGUUGAGUUUGCAGGCAACGAGCUGGUGACGCCCGGCGAGGUGGCGCGAUUUGUGUGCUACGACGUUGGUGGCCUGCACCUCUCGAUGCAUGCGCUCGAGCAUGGCAUCCUGCGAUCGAGCGGCGGACAUGGGACGCCGCUGGCGGCGGCGCCGUGGAUGAUGGCUGCAGGACGGCCGCUGGUCGCGCUGCCGGGCUCUGAGCUCUUUGACGUCCUCACGCUGCGAUCGGCGGUGCCUGGCCUCGGCGCGGCGCUGCAGCGACGCGGUCGGACGGUUCGGACCGCACUCACGGUCUUUACCGUCGACCGAGUGUCAAGCCAGCUGCGGCGACUUGCUCAGGCAUUGCGGCGCGGGCGGCGGCGAAGCACGGUUGGCGGAGUGUAAAAGGCUGUGCACGUUUACGAGCGCGAUCCACCAGCGGGGAGGAGAGGUUAAGCGAGCGAGUCGAUGAGCGCACCGCGCAUCUCCUCGAUCAUGGACGACGGGGCAGUGCCCUGGAGCUUGAAGAUGU